UAUCUAAACUUGGUUUGUUUGGGCUGAUUAAUAACUAAACCUAGUUUUCACUUGGAUUUUGUUCCCAUCUCUCCGCUCGUAGCAAAUCUUGACUCACACAUAUCUCGUCCAUAGGCUCUGGAUUUGAGGUUACUUGAUGGAAAAUAACUAUUGGACACCUUCACUUCCAAAAGGCGAGCCAGCCAUGGACACUGGUGACUGGAGACUUCAUUUGCCACCUGAUUCACGCGAGAAGAUCAUCAACAAGAUAGUGGAAACACUAAAGAAUCACCUUCCGAAUUCUGGACCAGAAGGGAUUAACGAGCUCAGAAGAAUUGCUGCCAGAUUCGAGGGGAAAAUUUUAAGUGGUGCUGCUAACCCGUCUGAUUACCUUCGGAAAAUAUCCAUAAAGAUGCUGACUAUGGAGACUAGAGAGAAAAGUGCAGCUGGUUCUUCUUCUUUAACUUUUCCUGGUGCUUAUAACACUCUGCCAGUGAAUCCAGGAGAACCUGCAAUGGACACACAAGACUGGAAAACUCAAUUGCCAGCUGGUUCACGCCAGAAGAUCGUCAACAAGAUACUGGAGACACUAAAGAAGCACCUUCCGUAUUCUGGACCAGAAGGGAUUAACGAGCUCAAGAGAAUUGCUGUCAGGUUCGAGGAGAAAAUUUUCAGCCGUGCUGUUAAUCAGAAUGAUUACCUUCGGAUAAUAUCCUUGAAGAUGCUGACAAUGGAGACUAAGGCGCAAAAUGCAGCUGGUUCGAGUAGCAACCUAGCCUUGGACAAUGUCAUGAUCAAUAAUGGCAAUGUAAAGACUUCUCUCCUGAACGAAGAACCUGCCAUAAACUCAGGUGACUGGAGAGCUCAAGUGCCACCGGAUUCACGUCAUAGGAUCGUCAACAAGAUAAUGGGUAUACUAAUGAAGCACGUUACACAUUCUGGAACAGAAGGGAUUAACGAGCUCAAGGGAAUUGCUGCCAGAUUCGAGGAGAAAGUUUUCAGAAGUGCUGUUAAUCAGACUGAUUACCUCCGGAAAAUAUCGGUGAAGAUGCUGACUAUACCUCCUGCUCCCGCUUCUUCUAUCCCUGCUGAGAGUAACAAACUAGCUUUGGAUGAACUGAGCAAUUUUAUGUUCAAUGACAAUUCAGUGCCUUCUCUCCCGAAAGAAGAACCUUCCGUGAACUCAGGUGACUGGAGAAUUCAACUGCCACCGGAUUUACGCCAGAAGCUUGUUGACAAGUUAAAGGAAACACUGAAGAAACAUGUUCCGUAUUCAGGGGAAGAAGGAAUCGAGGAGCUCAGGAGAAUUGCUAUCAGCUUCGAGGAGUUAAUAUUCAACACUGCUUUAAACCAGGUGGAUUACUUUCGCAAAAUAUCGUUAAAGAUGCAGAGUAUGAUGGAAGAGGACUACGACUAAAGUAAAAUUGCGUCGAAGGUGGCGUUUGGAACUUUUAGGCGAUUCCAUAUUUAUAUGUAUUGAUGAUAUUAAGAACAGAGAGCUUGAAAGCCUCCAAACUUAGGACAAAGGCAUGAAUAAAAGAAAGUGUUAAUUCCGUUUGUAUAAUCGGUAACGAUGAUAUGUUUCUUGACGAGGAAGCCUCGUCUUGCUCUCCUCAUGGUAAGUAAGUAAGGCUUGGAGUCCUUCUUCGGCUUUGCAGAAAUCAAUGUUCUAA